AAAAUUAGAAUUUUAGAAACCAACGCAACAUCCCAUAAUACUAACAACAUUCAUCAUUCAUUCAUUAUAUACAUAUAUUUUUUUGUUUUAUUUACACUAUCUCCAACUCUGCUUGACGCAUAAAUUCCCUUUUCUUAUUUAUGAUACAUGAUAUAGAGAUAAUGUGGAAAAGAGAUUGAUCAUCAAAGAAUUAUUGACCAACAGACGGCCUCAGUGAUUAACAAACAAGAAAAGUGUUUGAAAAAAAAAAAGAAAAAAAAAAGAUGAAUAUGGAUAGCGGUCCAGAACCACCAACUGAAGAACCAGAAGAUGAUGACCCCUCUACUGCUCCACUUCCCGAUACAGUCCAGUUUGGUGGUUCUCCGUCGUAUAAGGUUGAGAAGAAGCUCGGAAAGGGGGGAUUUGGGCAAGUAUAUGUAGGCCGUCAUAUCAAUCCACCACUUCCGCACGAACUCACUGGGCCUGGAGCAGUUGAGGUUGCGUUGAAGUUUGAACACAAAAGCAGCAAAGGAUGUAACUACGGACCACCAUAUGAAUGGCAAGUCUAUAAUGCACUUGGUGGAAGCCAUGGCGUGCCUCGUGUUCAUUAUAAGGGAAGGCAGGGUGAUUACUAUAUAAUGAUCAUGGAUAUGCUUGGACCUAGCUUAUGGGAUGUCUGGAGUAACAACUCGCACUCGAUGUCAAUUGAAAUGGUUGCUUGUAUUGCCAUUGAAGCCAUAUCUAUAUUAGAGAAGAUCCACUCCCAAGGGUAUGUGCAUGGUGAUGUUAAACCUGAGAAUUUUUUGCUUGGUCACCCUGGAUCAGUAGAUGAGAAGAAGCUGUUUCUUGUUGAUCUUGGUUUAGCUACCAAGUGGCGAGAUACUUCAUCUGGACUGCAUGUUGAAUAUGACCAACGACCAGAUGUGUUUAGGGGAACCGUCCGCUAUGCAAGUGUGCAUGCUCAUCUUGGAAGAACUGGAAGUCGACGGGAUGAUUUGGAGUCCCUUGCUUAUACACUUAUAUUCCUUCUCCGUGGACGUCUUCCAUGGCAAGGAUUCCAGGGUGAAAAUAAAGGAUUUCUUGUAAGCAAGAAGAAGAUGGCAACUUCUCCUGAAUCCCUUUGCCUCUUCUGUCCAGCCCCUUUUCGGCAUUUUGUUGAACACGUUGUCAAUUUGAAGUUUGACGAGGAGCCUGAUUAUGCAAAGUACAUCUCACUUUUUGAUGGUAUAGUUGGUCCAAAUCCAGAUAUUAGACCAAUCAACACUGAUGGUGCUCAGAAGCUUGUGCAUCAAGUUGGACACAAGAGAGCAAGAUUGACGCUUGAGGAAGGUGGUGAUGAACAACCGACAAAGAAAAUUCGCCUGGGAAUGCCUGCAACUCAAUGGAUAAGUGUAUAUAAUGCUCGGCGUCCAAUGAAGCAGAGAUACCACUAUAAUGUGGCAGAUUCUAGACUUGCUCAACAUAUCGAGAAAGGAAUUGAAGAUGGGCUAUUAAUCAGCAGUGUGGCUUCUUGCUCAAACCUAUGGGCUAUUAUCAUGGAUGCUGGCACCGGAUUCAGCUCUCAAAUUUACCAACUCUCCCCUAUGUUUCUUAACAAGGAUUGGAUUAUGGAGCAGUGGGAGAAGAAUUAUUACAUUAGUUCAGUAGCAGGCGCUAACAAUGGGAGCUCGUUAGUUGUAAUGUCAAUGGGUACCCAUUACAUUCAGCAGUCAUAUAAAGUCAGCGAAUUUUUUCCGUUCAAGUGGAUAAAUAAGAAAUGGAGAGAGGGGUUCCAUGUCACUUCUAUGGCAACUGCAGGUAGUAGAUGGGCAAUUGUUAUGUCCCGUGGCUCUGGAUUUUCUGAACAGGUAGUGGAACUAGACUUUUUGUAUCCAAGUGAAGGUAUUCAUAGAAGAUGGGAUGCCGGAUAUAGGAUAACAGCUACUGCAGCCACAUGGGACCAAUCUGCUUUUGUUCUUAGUGUGCCGAGGAGAAAACCUGCAGAUGAGACACAGGAGACUCUGAGGACUUCAGCCUUCCCCAGCACACAUGUUAAGGAAAAAUGGGCAAAGAACCUUUAUAUAGCUUCUAUGUGUUAUGGUCGAACUGUCUCAUGAGGUGUCACAGUUUUGUCUGGUCUUAAAUAGUAACCAGUGAAUCAACUGCCUCUUUCUAUUUCAAAGAAAAGUCCAAUUUCCAUGUGCAAACAGGUUUACGGUUCUGAGCUAACACUAACAUAGGGAGUUUUUUUUCUUUUCUUUCAGUUCUUCAGAUAUUCUUCUUUUUAGCUGCCCGCAUUUCCCUAUGGCACGACCUUGUACAUACCUUUUCAACAAUAGCCGCAUGGUUGACGGAUUGCGCACAUGUUUUCUUUGAUGUUUGGCAUUAAGUUUCGAUGAAUGCUAUAGGUGUCCAUCCAUCCUCUAAGAACUUAACUAGUGGAAAGCAAUUUGCACAAUCUGGUGAACCUAUUACUCAUGGGACAUCAGUUGGUGAUUAUUUUAUUUUUUGCCAUCUGCUCUUCAA